UAUGUAUGUUUGUAUGUUUGUUUGUUUGAAUUAUCUGUAUGUUUUUGUUUUUAUGUAUCUAAUAUAUUUUUUGUUUGUAUGUUUAUUUGUGUGUGUAUAUGUCUGUGUAUGUAUGUAUGUAAUUUGUAUGAAUGUAUGUGUGUGCACGUUUGUAUGUGUGUGUCUAUGCGCAUGUGUUUGUGUGUGUGCGUGUGUAUGUGUGCGUGCGUAUGUGUGCGCAUAUGUCUGUGUGGCUGGCUACUUAUUUAG